CUGAACCUCCCCGACCGAGCCAACUUUGAUUCUGUCCCGGUAUCAUGUCGCUUCGUCGAGCAGGUGUGGCGCUCGUCUUGACCGCUGUGUUGGCGGUGACCCACGCUCGCCGCAGCUCACCGGAGCAGGACGACAUUCUGGAGAAAAUCUCCAGCGCUAGAUGUACCUCCAGGUGUCUGACCCUGCACAUGACCCAGCUCACCUCCGCCUUCAGACACCUCCAGAGUGAGCAAGUUCUGGUCUGGUGUGAAAACCACAGGCGCUGUGCACAGUGCCUUCAACCGUGCAAAGAACUGUGGGAAACCAGGAGGAUGCUUUCGCCAAAGACUUGUGAGAAGCAGACAGAGUGUGUGACGAGUCAAGAGUUCCUGGCUUCCUUGAGGGCAUCCAGACAGGGAGACUGCCCUCCACCUCAGCGUGCUACAGGAUUCGCCGCUGCCUGUGUGGAAAGCUGCUCAUUAGAUCAACAUUGUCCGUCCUCCAGAAAAUGUUGCUCCAAUGGCUGUGGACACACUUGUCAGGCGCCCGCUAAUUUAUAUAAAGGUGUUCCUCUGAAGCCUCGGAGAGACAUGAACUUUGUGGAGGACUCUGAAGGUCACGUGAAGGUGGUCUGGGUGUCAAAGUUCAACAUCAGUGUGGAGCCUGUGAUUUACAUUCUACAGUCUCGCUGGAACAUUGGCAUUCACCCCAGUGAGGAUCACGCCUCUCCCUGGACCACCAUUGCCAUGACCCUUUCUGAAAACAUGGUGUUGUCAGAUCUGAGGCCCCAGCGAUGGUACCAGUUCAGAGUGGCGGCCAUCAACAGUCAUGGCAGCAGAGGCUUCACCACGCCCAGCAAGCACUACAUCUCAAGCAAAGACCCCUCACCUCCAGAACCUCCUAUAAAUAUCAGAGUUGACAACCAGACUUUGGACAGGAGUUCACAUUCAGCUCCCCGGUUCACAGAUGAGACCAAAGGAAGCGGGCCCACCGUUUCAGUCUUGAUCCACUGGGAGCCCCCGAGAGAGGGAGACCUGCCAGUUCACAACUACAGAGUCACCUGGCUGCCAACGCACACGUCUCACAAACACACGCCGUCACGUAUAAUUUUUGACAACAUCCAGCACCCACGGAAAUCCGAGCAGAGUAGGCGAGAAAACAACGGCCAAGUGACUCAGGGGGCACAGUGUGAACUUUGGCUAAGGGGUCUGCUGCCUGCGACCUCAUACCUACUUUCCGUGCAGACAGUGGCCUUCUGGGGUCAGAAGAGGUUAAAGAGUCCAAGAAUCCAAACUACUUUCACUACCAUCAGCCAUGGAGGGGACUUCUCCAAUGAGCUGCCAUCCUCAUCGUCAUCUUCAUCAUCCCUCCCUUCAUCAACUUCCCUGUCAUCCUCAUCGUCUUCUACCGACCUUGCCCUGUCAUCUCCAUCUCUCCCUCACACUGACUCCCGCUUUGACCACAUGACUCCUGGUGACCUUCGUUUGGAGGCUGCGGCCCCUCAUUACCAUAACAACCAGCUGCAGGUCAAAGUGUUCUGGAAGUGGUCCAAUCAUGCCAGACAGAGACACCCAGGUCCGUAUAUUUUGCGCUGGCAUCCACAUAUCUGCAGUGCAAAUGUGACAAGCACAGAGCAAACCACAAUUGUUGAGGAGACGCACCACACCGUCACAGGCCUGCUGUUCGCCUGCAAGUAUCGCAUCUCUGUGGCCACUCAAUCUGACCCUGCAUCAGAGGCAGUUGCCUGGGUAACUACCCCGACUUGUUCCUCUAUCAAGAUCAGGGGAGGACAGGUGGUGCCGUGCCACACUGAAGUGCGCCGCCCAUCUGGCAGAAAGGUGGCACUGCGUCCAGAGCGUCUCACAGCGGACUUCAAACAAGUCAAUGGUUCUCUUCUGGCCAUGUUCCGCUGGAGGAUGUCACAGCAUGCACUUGACCCUUCAUCCAUUGAGGGGUUUCAGUUCUCCUGGACGCUACAAUCCCAAGUUGCAAUGGCAGCAGAAGACCAGGAAGACACGCGUAUAUCUCAGACACAGACAGUAGCACCAUCUCAGAGGACAGUGGUGGUUCAAGGUCUUCAGGGCAGCAGUGUUUACCAGGUGCACCUCCAAAUUUUGACCACAGGGGGCAGGAAAGGGGCAGCAGUUUCCAAGACGUUCCACACUCCUGCAAUUGCUGUCUUGCAGUGACAGGUGCUCCUCUGUCACCGCCCCAGGAGUAACAUCUGACCCUUGACAUCUGAAGAAAAUGUGAUAAACCUUGUAAAAUAUAACAACGCCUCUGUGAAAUACAAUGUAUGAAAUAUGUAAACAACCAUUUUAAAUAGGAGAAAUCGUGAAACAGGUUUGCUAACACACCUGAGCAGGAUCGCCGGCACUGUUGACGUUAAGCACAAGUUAAAGUCACAGAUAAAUUUACAACUGGGACGUUCUGUUCUAUCGGAGCAAAAUCUGUUUCAACAUAACUUUUAUCCAGGCAUGUUUACCAGGUUUUUGAAAUGCAACACCACUAUUUACCCAUUUUUCUAAUGGAAAAAAAAACAGAAUAUUCAUGGAAUGGUUUUGCUGUGGCCUCGCAUCCACCAUAUUGUGAUUUAUUUAAUGAGCAGUGCAUGGCUUUACGACUAUAAAUCACAUCUUUAUGUCCAACAUGUAGGAGUUUCAGCAGAUAGAUGAGUUUGCAACUUUUUCAAAGGAACUCCAGAGUUUGUUUAAGCACAAUAAAUGGAUGUACUUUUAUCCAGUUGACAUGAUUGUAUUGCUUGUUUAUCCCAUUUAAAUUUUAAAAAACCAACCAACUAGCAGUUUUAGAAAAUAACUGGCGAGGGUUAACUAGCUUGUCCAAGCUGGUCCACAUCACGAGAUCUGACUGACUUCACGGUAAAACUUUAUUUGUAAAAUGAUUGCCUGUUUUCUCAUGCAAGAACGCAAUAAUCAAGCACUGACCUCAUGUACAAAUACAAAUGCAAAACUUCGUAUUGUGAGUCAGUGCAAAAUCUGCUGCGUUGAAGCAAUACGUACAUUCAGUUAAGUCUUUUUUUUCUUUUAAAAUAUGAACUGUAUUUUGUUACACGUGAAAUGUCACCAUGGCGUGCUCCAGAAUGGUUUCUGCAACAUUUCUCAUGGACGAAGAUAUAUUGUUCUGUGGCUGUGUUAAUAUUACCUGUUUGUUUGCUGUCAUGUGUUUAUUUGCGUGUAAUUCUUUUACUCAAACGU